AGACCCAGCACCGCUCACGGCGUUCAAAGUUUCAAACUUAACAAGAGCCACCCCUUGGCCAGGCCUUAGAGUAACUCCCACGCCACCUUCUACAAAUAUCUACGUGAUUUAUUAUGUAAAAUUAGUAGUUAUAGACGCAAUAAUUUGAAAUCCAAACGGCUGGGAAUCGAGUGACGGCGAGAAGAAGGCAGUCAAAUUAAAGACACUCGGCCCCUUCUCCUCCCCACCUUUCGCCCCAAUCUAGGGUUUCCGAUCCGAUCCUAAUCCCAGCUCGAGGAUGAGCACCCACUCCGUCCCUCCGCUGAGAAGGAAUCACUUAGCCGCGCGCCGCGCCCCGUCGGCCGGGAGGAGGACCUCCGCGUCGGAGAAUGGGAGCGGAACCGCCGCCGCCGUCAACGGGAACGGGAACCCCGCCAAGCCGACGUCCCCCAACCAAGCCUCUGGGGAGAGGACGGUGAAGAAGCUGUGGUUGUCGAAAGCUCGGACCAUUCCUGAGGGCACCACCGUCUCUGAUGCGUGCCGGAGGAUGGCUGCUCGGAGGGUGGAUUCUGUGCUGCUGACGGAUGCUAAUGGGCUUCUUUCUGGGAUUGUUACUGAUAAGGAUAUAUCAACCAGGGUUAUAGCGGAGGGGUUGAGGCCGGAGCAGACGAUUGUUUCAAAGAUUAUGACCAGGAAUCCGCUGUUUGUAAUGGCGGAUACUCUGGCUAUUGAGGCAUUGCAGAAGAUGAUCCAAGGCAAAUUUAGGCACCUUCCUGUCGUAGAAAAUGGUGAAGUUAUUGCCAUGCUGGACAUUACAAAGUGCCUGUAUGAUGCUAUAUCGAGAAUGGAGAAGGCUGCAGAGCAAGGCAGUGCCAUAGCAGCUGCUGUUGAAGGGGUUGAACGUCAAUGGGGAAGCAACUUUUCUG